CAUAAAGAGGGGAGACUUAUGAUGAUGCCAGCCUUAUAUACUCAAGCGCAGUCCUGCUGCUAGUGGUCUGCUUCCUUCAGACAUUCUUCUUUCAGGACUACGCUGCUUAACUUUCUCAUAUAGGGGUAAAGAAAACAGAGGUCCAAAAUGUCUGAAAAAAAGAUGACAUCGAGCCGCCGGCACCAUCUCAAGAGUUUGGUGCUGAGCAUUGCAAAGGGCAUUAUGGAGAAAGAAGCCGCUCAGCUCGUUGUAGAUAGGCAGGCUUACUUGACAGAAAACUGCCCUCCUCUGUCCCUGCCUUCAUCUACAGCGGAACUGCAGGAACUGUGCAAGAAACUUCACCAGCAAAUCGACAAGGUUGAUGAGGAGAGAUAUGACUUGAAUGCUAAAGUAGAAAAGGCAAACAAAGAGAUUGAGGAUCUGAAGAUCAAGGUGGUCGACCUGAUCGGCAAGUUCAAGAAACCCGCGUUGAGGAAAGUGCGCAUGUCUGCCGAUCAGAUGCUUCAGGCUCUGCUGGGCUCCAAGCACAAGGUGUCUCUGGAUCUGAGAGCCAACCUGAAACAAGUCAAGAAGGAGGCCAAAGAGGAGGUUUCAGAUGUCGGUGACUGGCGUAAGAACGUUGAGGACAAGGCCGGUAUGGGAGGCAGGAAGAAGAUGUUUGAGGGCGAGGCCUAAAUUCCUGGACAUUUCAUUGUUUAAUUAUUGUAGGAAUUUGUCAGUGCUACGCAAACAUUGAUCUUUUUGCAAUAGGUUUAUGUCUUUAGCUUAAAUGCCUCAAAUGAGCAUUUGUUUCACGCAGUAUGUACGUCCUGAAAGAGAAUUGUGUAUCAUCGCAAAGCCACGACCAUUAAAUGAAUGCUUCUGAGGAAAAAUCCUUAGUUUUAUGUUUGUUUUAUUAUGCAUGUUUUGGUUCUUUCAGUCCCUUCCAUUCUUGUUUUGACUGGAAUAAAUAAAUACUGCAGUGCUGCUAUUACAGCAGUCAUUUCUUCUUUCUUUAUCAACUUCAUUGCUCUAUAUGUAUUAAUUUAAUUUAAUUUAAUAAUUAAAAAUUAAAUAUUAAAUUUAAUUUAAUUUUGGUGGUACACAACAUCCAGAAGAAAUAUGGGUGGCAUUUCCAAUCUCCUCUUUUGCUGUAUGGUGAGUUUUGUUGCUGAAAUAUCUCUCAUUAUUUUGUAUAUCACAUAUGUAUAUUGGUGUCUUAAGCAUUGCUUCCGUUUACAGCACACAUAUAUGCGUCUUGAAGGGAGGGAAAUUUACGAGUCUUGCCGAGGAUGGGCUCGGGAUAUUUCAGGAGCUCAACGGCCUAUUGGUCUGAGCUGGAACCCACUUCCAUAAACAGGACUGCCAAGAUCUGCUGAGCCAUCAGAGUACAACGUAUAUAUCCUAUUUAAUUUUUCUCUCUCUGAGGCUCACCAGUCUUUCCAGUUCUUCUUCCAAGUGUGUCCUGCCCUCUUCUUCUCUCAUAGGGUGAAAACACACUAAACCACCAAGAUGUCAGA